GCCGUCCGGGCGCGUCGGCGCAUGCGCGCCGAUGGCGGGCCCAGCGCUCCCCACGCCGCGGUACGAGCACGUGGGGCGGUUCGGGGAGGUGUACGCGCCGGCCGAGGACACCUUCCUGCUGCUCGACGCGCUGGAGCGCGACGCGACGCGCCUGCGGGACGCCGGAAUUGCCAUCUGCCUUGAAAUAGGGUCUGGAUCUGGUGUGGUUUCAACAUUUCUAGCUUCCAUUAUUGGAUCCAGUGCACUCUACUUAUGUACGGAUAUCAAUCCGAUGGCAGCUUACUGUACACUGGAGACAGCUCUGCUCAACAAUGUUCACCUUCAGCCAGUCAUUACUGACUUGGUCAGCGGAUUGUCACCAAGAUUAAAUGGGAAGGUUGAUCUACUGCUCUUUAAUCCGCCAUAUGUGGUAACACCCUCUGAAGAGGUGAAAAGCCAUGGAAUAGAGGCAUCCUGGGCUGGUGGCAAAAGGGGCAGAGAAGUAAUGGAUCGAGUUUUUCCACUAGUAGCAGACUUGCUUUCACCAGGAGGAUUAUUCUACUUGGUCACAAUAAAAGAAAAUAAUCCAGAUGAAAUUCUGGAAAUCAUGAAGAAACAUGGCUUAGAAGGCACACGAGCACUUUCCAGACAAGCAGGACAAGAGAUGCUUACCAUCCUCAAAUUUAGGAAACCUGGAUAACUGUUCUUACUACAUAUACCAGGCAUACAGGAAGUUGAAUACAGACCAUUGAAGCUGUCAAAUCAUUUCUCACACUCUUAAGGUGUAUCCUCACUUCCUGAUUACUGCAGUGGAACUGAUCAAGACUGUGCAUUUGUUUUUAUUCUAGAGGUCAACCAGCGUUUAUCUGCUGUCAGAGGUACAGCUGUCUUCUGGCUCUCCACAGGACAGUUGCAGGUGAACUGUGAAAUACCCUUCCCCAUCACAGUUUGCACUUCACCACUUUUUCCACUCUGUAAAUAAUAAUUUGUAUAUUUGUCUUUGCUUAUUAAAAUAAUGUACCUGA